AGCAGUGCCGUGUCUGCGGGCGCACGAUAUUCGGCGCUAUAACGUUCGCGUCAUCGAAGCGGCAAGCAAGUGCAGCGACUACUCCGACGAAAGAAAGAUGGCCUCCCGAGACAAGUGCACGGAUCAGCUUAAGGAAUUCAAGGCUUGUCCCUCCAGCGAGAAAGAAUGCCAGUUGACCACCGGUCACGGUUGUCCCAUCGGCGACAAACUCAACAUCCAAACGGCUGGAAAGCGUGGCCCGGCUCUGCUCCAGGACAACCAUUUCAUCGAUGAAAUCGCUCAUUUUGACAGGGAACGCAUCCCCGAGCGCGUGGUACACGCUAAGGGAGCCGGCGCUUUCGGUUACUUCGAGGUCACUCACGAUAUCACGAAGUACACUAAGGCCAAGGUGUUCUCGAAAGUCGGAAAGAGAACUCCCCUCGCCGUACGAUUCUCCACCGUCGGGGGUGAAUCCGGCUCGGCCGACACCGUCCGUGAUCCUCGAGGAUACGCUGUGAAGUUCUACACCGAAGAAGGGAACUGGGAUAUCGUCGGGAACAACACGCCCGUCUUCUUCAUCCGGGAUCCGUUCCUCUUCCCUAACUUCAUCCACACGCAGAAGAGGAACCCCCGCACCCACUGCAAGGACCCCGACAUGUUCUGGGACUUCAUCGCCCUCCGACCCGAGACCACCCACCAGGUCCUGAUUCUGUUCUCCGACCGGGGCAUCCCCGACGGAUACCGUCACAUGAACGGCUACGGCUCGCACACGUUCAAGUUCGUCAACGACAAGGACGAGUUCUUCUACUGCAAGUUCCACUACAAGACCGACCAAGGAAUCAAGAACUUGCCCGUCGACAAAGCCGCUGACCUCGCCGGCAACGAUCCCGACUACUCGAUCAGGGACCUCUACAACGCCAUCGAGGGCGGCAAGCCUCCGUCAUGGACUCUUUACGUGCAGAUCAUGACCCCUGAGCAGGCCGAGAAGUACGAGUUCAAUCCCUUCGACUUGACGAAGGUCUGGUCCCACGCCCAGUACCCUCUCAUCCCCGUGGGUAAGAUCGUCCUCGACCGCAACCCCACGAACUACUUUGCCGAAGUCGAGCAGAUCGCUUUCUCUCCGGCCAAUCUGGUUCCCGGGAUCGAGACCAGCCCCGACAAGGUCCUCCAAGGACGUCUGUUCUCGUACAACGACACCCACCGUCAUCGUCUCGGAGCCAACUACCUCCAGAUCCCCGUCAACUGCCCCUACGCCACCCGCGUGCGUAACACUCAGCGUGACGGUCCGAUGUGCAUCAACGGAAACCAGGGCGCCGCCCCCAACUACCACCCGAACUCGUUCGGCAGCCUCGCCUGCGAUCCCCAGUACAAGGAACACUUCAGCAACAAGUUCGUCUCGGCUGAUAUCGACCGUUGGAAUUCCGAGGAUGAAGACAACUUCACCCAGCCCGGAAUUUUCUACAAGAUGUUGUCCGAAGCCGAGCGGGAUCGUCUCUCGUCCAACAUUGCGGGUUCGCUGAAGGACGCCCAGGAGUUCAUUCAACAACGUGCCAUCAAGAACUUCACAUCGGCUCAUCCUGAGCUCGGGGCCGCCGUUCAGGCCAAGGUCAAGGCUUUCGAGAAGGCUAAACUGUAGACGGUGUACUGUUGACGUCGUAUAUCCGUUUAGAACGGAGGAUUCUACAGCUCGAGAACUACGGAUACGAUAACCAGAGGUGUGCGGAACUCUCAACGUAUAAUAAAAACGAAAACAUUCCUCCUAA